CCAGCUGCGCCUCUCCCACCUCAGCCCUCCCUUUUCCCUGCAGCCUGACAGCUGUCUCACCCCCACCUCAGGGAAUGCAGGAGAAGGAGUGCGGCUCCAGCGCUCCCCACAUGCCAAACAUACAGUAAAGCACAACAGCGAGAGAUUUAAGUUAUAUCCGUGAGAAAAUACACAUGCUGCAGGCGCUGGAACUCGCAUACCCUUCACUCACACAUCAUCAUGAACAGAAUAUGCCUUCACAUAACAGGCAGCGCGGGAAAACAAAUCAACUUCUGCUGGAUUGUUCCACCCAUCAACUCCGCCCAUUGUAGCCACGCUGACCCCACCUCUUUCUCUAUCGCUUUCUAUUCGUUGGUUUCCUUCACUCUCCCUCUUAGCCGCGCCCCCUGUUGACAGCGCUGCCCGGGCGCCCGCAGUUGGCAGAACGCUUGAGCGCUGGACUCGAGUCGGUGGGAGAGCCGUUGGGGGAGGUGGUGACGCAGAUACCAUUGCGCCGUUAGCCGUCUGAGCAUCCACAAGAAAAACGGUCACUCGGUGAAAGGAGGACAUGAUUGCGGGAAGCUGCUGCUUUCCACCUGCGGGACGUUUUCUCAGGAUAACGGCGGUUUCUUAAAAGUGUCAAGUGGUGUGUGAGCCUUGCGAGGGAUGGCUGGGAGGUCGCGCAGUGAGGAUGAAGAGGAGGAUGGUCAGUUUGCAGAACAUGAUUACGAUGUCUCGUUUCAAAAAGGGCCAAAGAAAGUAUGGAGCAAAUUAAGAUGGACAAGAGAUGAGGACGACAAGCUGAAGAAGCUGGUUGAAAAGCAUGGAGAAGACUGGGGUGUGGUCGCUCGCCACUUAAAUAACCGUUCAGAAGUGCAAUGCCAGCAUCGUUGGCAGAAGGUUUUGAAUCCUGAACUGGUCAAAGGACCAUGGACCAAAGAGGAGGAUCAAAGGGUUAUUGAAUUAGUUCAUAAAUAUGGCCCUAAGAGAUGGUCUAUAAUUGCCAAGCAUUUAAAAGGGAGAAUCGGAAAGCAGUGCAGGGAGAGGUGGCAUAAUCACCUAAACCCUGAUGUGAAAAAGUCCUCCUGGACAGAAGAAGAGGACCGCAUGAUAUACAGUGCCCACAAGCGCUUGGGGAACAGAUGGGCAGAAAUUGCCAAGCUACUUCCGGGCAGGACUGAUAAUUCGAUAAAAAACCAUUGGAAUUCUACCAUGAAACGGAAAGUAGAACAGGAAGGCUAUUUAUUGACCUGUGAUCGAUCAUCCAAACCCCAAGCCAAAUCCUGUGCCGCACUUAAUCACUUGCAAGCACAGAACCAGUUUUACAUUCCAGUCCAGACACAGCUUCCAAGAUAUACUUCUUUGUCCCGUGACAGCUGCAUAGAGAUUCAAAAUUCCUUUUCUUUUAUCCAGCAGCCCUUUGUUGAUGAGGAUGAUCCUGAUAAGGAAAAGAGAAUAAAGGAACUUGAGUUGCUACUUAUGUCAGCUGAGAAUGAAGUCAGAAGAAAGCGGGUACCAUCUGCAAGUUCUUCAAGCUGGUCCGAAAGUUAUCAUAUGGAGGAGAGCACGUCCAAUACAAUAAACCACUUAGAAGAACAAACACAUGAGUUCUAUAGCCUAGAUGAAAUACCCAACUCCUCUGGGCAGCUAAGUGUGGAGGACAAAAUUUUGGCUUCAGAAGCAAACAUUGUAAUUCAGCCUCUGGGGACAAUCCCAGAAUUUUCAGAAACCUUAGACCUGAUUGAUGUGGAUACUGUAGAUUGGAAUAACAUUGAAAGCUUUGAGUUUCCCUUUACUGCUUCUCCUGCUAAACGCACACCAUUAAAAUGGAUCCAGGUUCAACAUGAGAACUCUCCAGACUGUGCUCUUAACUCACACCAGGGGCAGGCUGACGGAAGGUGUUCAGCAAGCAGAAUGCUCUCCUCAUCUCCUGCCAUGCCAAAGUUUUACUCACCACCAGCAAUUCUAAGGAAGAAGAAAAUAUACCCUAAUUUGUCACUUACUCCAGAAGUACGGGAUGCCCGCAAUGUAGUUUUAAAGGGGACACCAGUAAAAACACUCCAAUAUUCCCCCUCUCAGUUUUUUAAUGUUUGCUCUGGAAAUGUUCAAGAACAUUUGAAUCUUGACAACCUACCUCUCACCUCCACGCCAAUAUGUGGGCAGAAGAUCCCUGCAACUCCCCUACAGAGGCAAAUUACACCUAAAAAAGAUAAAGAAAAUGCUGGCUUUAGAACACCUACUAUAAGAAGAUCUUUACUGGCUAUGACUCCUAGAACACCUACUCCAUUUAAAAAUGCUCUUGCUGCCCAGGAGAAGAAAUAUGGACCUCUCAAAACAGUGAUGCAACCUCUAGUCUUUGUUGAAGAGGAUAUCAUGGAGGUUUUGAAGGAAGAAACUGGGAAAGAGGUCUUCAUAAAAGAGGAAAAGGAAUCUGAUUGUAAACCAAAUAAACGAGAGCAUGUUUCUACUGCAAGAAAAGUUCGCAAAUCAUUGAUCCUUGACAUCUGCGAUAAAGAGGAACUUGGUGCUGAUUUCUUGGCUCCGGAUGAAGUUUCUGAAUCACAGAAUGGGAAUACACUUCCUACGUCUUUUGUCAUGAUACCUUUUGGGGAGAGACAAAUCCAAAAGUGUGAUGGGAACACUGAAACCCGUAAAGGAAAUGUAAUGCAAAGGAAAAAGUACAUUCCUCCAAUGAGAAAUGUCAAGUUGCAGAGUUCGGUGCAGCCUCUCUGCGAAUGGGAAGCUGUUGUAUAUGGGAAGACAGAAGACCAAUUAAUCAUGACUGAGCAAGCAAGGAGAUACCUUGAUACCUACAAACCAGCUUCCAGCUCUGGACUAAGGCACCUCAUUUUAUGAAUGUCGGAUAAUGACUGGUGAUGCCAGUUGCCCCCUUUUUUUACACCGUGCACUAAAAUAAUUCAUAUUUUGCAUACAAAUUGUACAAUAGAACUUUGGCAGCACCUGUAUCAUAUUAAUAUUAUAAAAUGUAUUAUUUAGUUUAGCUUUAAAAAGAAAAGUUAGUUGUUUUUACAAGCUCUGUAGAACUUACGCUUACUUCCAUCCUGAGCAGGACUAGAAUAUAAUAGGAGAAUGUAGUUCUUCAUUAUCUGGCUUAAGUGAGAACACUACAGGCAAAGUUCUCUAGGUGACUGUUUAUAAUAAGAAUAUGAAUUUUAUUUUCAUUCACAACAUGCUUUUUAAAACUAACAGUCGCAUGUAUAUUUUUCUGUAUUUGGAUCUUUAGUACCAAAACUGCUAACAAUUUAAAGACAUUUUAAUGACAUAUAUAGAUUUAUAUGUCCCAUGUAGGAGAGAUUUGUGCUGUAUUUGAUAUCCAGAUAAAUUAGACUUUUUCGUUUCUUUUAUCUCCUUGGGUUUUUAAUACAAAAAUUGAUCAUAAUUUCAAGAUAAAGUAAUUAUGGUCAGGCAGCUUCUCCUGCUUUAUCCCUCCAUAAAUAACUACUUUUACAUUUUUGGUAAAGGCUGUUUUCCUGGAAUUUACUCCUUGUUUUCAAUCAAAGUCAUCUUUAAAAGACUUUUAAAAGACUGACUAGUGAUAUCAUUCAGGAAAUACAUAUUUAUUGUAAAUCAAUAUUCCAAAAAAAGUCCACCGUUUAAAUGUUUCCAAGUGAAAGGGUACAGAGACAGUCAACUCCUCUAUUUAUUUAUUCUGACAAAUGCUUUUGUAAUAGAUUUUCAUACGAGAUUUUUUCUUUUAUGCUCGUUUUGUGUGUGUGUGCGUUUGUGGCCAAUGCUUUUUAAUGAUUAAAAAUGUCUGGUACUUCAUUUAGAUGUCAGAAAGGCCGAGCAGUUGCACUAAUAGAACUCUGUAAGGUGAAUAAGAACACCGCAAAAUACUUACAGUGUUAUGGAUAUUUAUAUAUAAAUGAGUACUUACAAUAUAGGUAGCCGACAAGGGGAUUUUUGUCUUUCUGAGAUAGAAUGUAUCAGUAUUUGUUUCUCAGGCUGAGAAAUGUGAUAGGAUGUUUGAAUGUAUUCUACAGGGUGUGGGAACAUGAUGAGUUCCGUCCUCCCCCUGCAUUGCUUCAUGCUUGCAGAUACAGGUCAUUGUCUAUAUAUAUAUAUAUACAUGCAGGUUUGCAACAAUUUCCUUUUAUUUCUUGUUUUAGCAGCUAACCAAGACCUAUUGCAGUUCUGCCUGCUUUACAUGCAUGACAGGCUUUUAGGUUGAGUUUCAGUAACUUCUGCUAAAAAGAACAUAACCAGCAUGUUUUUUGCACUAUAUUUUAAAUCAUGUAUUCGGAAGAACAACACCCACAGAAAAGCGGUUAUUUCUGAUGCAUCAGUGUACUGCAAGGAAACAAACCUUCUACUCUGGUAUUGUCAAUUCACUUUUCCAGAAUGCAACACUUUUUAAGCUUUUUACAUUUUUUUACCUGUCACAUUUUAGAGAACAAUUCAGCUUAGGAUUUGUUUGUUUAAUAUAUUUGGCCUCUUCGAGCUUUGCACGUUUGAUAAAAGCAACCUCAGUUGCUUUAGUUGCCUACUAUUAGGUAUUUGCACUUAUUAUUUAUAUAUAUAUAUAUUUUUUAAUGGAUUGUCUUGCUUGUAACGUAGAGAAAGUACUGUAUGUAGUAAAAAUGGAGCGCUUGGCAAUGUAUUUGCAGACUGGUAGAAUGCUGUACUGUAGUUUGGUAUUGUAUUGUUUUUAUUUAUACAUUUGAAGUUCCUCUCCACCUCCAAUAAAUGCUGCUAAAGACAGGAGCAGAAUGGGCUGCUACUGAGAGAUGGAAUGAAUGAGCAUUACAUGCACUGUACUCAUAAAGAAAUGGAACAGUGAUGCAUAAAAAGAAAUACGUUGAUAAGAUAACUAAUGUAAUAUCAGACUCAUGGCCCUCGGAUUGUUAGGAGAAUACUGUAUUUUUUUUGUUCUGCACCUGCAUUUGAAGCAUGGACAGAUAAUGGCUUUAGAUUUGAAAUCUUUUAGCCCCAUAUCAGGCAGAAAACAAUUGAGGCACUUGAUUGGGCUUCAUUUUUGAAGCAGAACUAUUUUUUAAAAAUGUAUUUUGUAAGGAAAUGGCAGUAUCUCUUUAAUUGCAACUCACAACCUGACUUUCUCAUUGUAACAAUAAGCCUUUUUUAUAAAGCGGAGUUGUUUUUUGUUCAAAUAUUAAUACAAAUAAUAUUGGCACCAAUUAUUGCCAAAAAUGUAUGCAGGAUUCUUCUUUUAUCCUGGGAGUAGGAAAAAAUCACACAAAAUAUUAUUUCUGUGCAAACGUCAUUAGACAUCUGGCACCUGCUUCUGGUAAAGACUUUUUUUAUUUGCCUUAAUAACUUUGUAUAUUGUAAUGUACAGUAAAUUGAGCAUAUUGCCUCCCCCCUGCCAAGGUUAAUGUCACAUUCCUCAAGUUUUGACAUUGCACAGACUUCUGCAGGACAGGUCCUGAAUAUGGUAAUGUGGGCAGGCUUGUUUUGAGGGGUAGAUGUGUCUGUAUACCAUUCAUUUUUGAAUAAGAUUAAUACAAGAGGAAUAGCAUAUGUGUGCCAUUAACUUAAUAUUAGUUUGCAGAAAUGUAUACAAUUCACUUCAAGGCCCUUUCUAUGGCUUAUUGUGUAUGUUUUGUGUGUUUGUGUGUCCUCCAUAAUGCUAAACACUAAAACCCCUAAUGCAGCAGUGACACUUGCAUUGAAACUGGCAGUAAAUAUUUAUUUCUAAACAUGUAAUAUUAUUUGGGCAGCUUCAUUGGAGUCUGCAUUUGAUGUGAGCUCGCUUUAUUUUAAGUAUGUUUUCCUUUCCUUCACAGUUGUGUCCAAAGCAAUUAGCUAAAGGCAUAGCAGUCUUGUGGCUCCUUUGGGCACCACGGGACAAUGGGCAAGCAGAGUAAUUAUCUGUAUCUCUGCAUUCUAUUCUUACAUUUUCCAGUUUCAUGUACAUUCGUUUUGUUUACAGAUGUCAUAAGUCAUAAAAUAAAACUGUUAAAAAAAACA